AUGGAAAGCAGCUUUGCAGCAUUGUCAAAGCAUCAGAUAUCUGAGUUCUUCGCGAAUCAAACUUCCCUAACGCAGCAGCAAUGCGAUGAACGAGCUGAACUUAUCGCGGGCACGUCUGUCCACCCAGCAGUCGUACAAGGCGGAACCAGCUACACGGUUGUCAACGAGGAGAUUGCUGUCCAGUUUCGCGCUGAAGGCUCCCUGCUAGACAUCGAGUUUCUCGGCCACAUUGAGCGAGCCUACGCGGGCUUCAUGCCACAUCAUAGUAGCGCUGGCAAGCUAGGCAACCUUCACAUCUACACGAUGAACAACAUCGGGGGAGUGUCGAUGUAUCUUGCCCGGAGCGAGCUGCAUCAGAAUGACUUUCGCCUUCUACAUCGAACUCUGCAAGAUUAUGCAAGAUUCUUCGCCUCUGCCUGGCACAACACGCCGGCAUCGAUGCUGCUUCCAAAGCGCGAGACACUGUUGGAGGACUACUCAUCGCAGCUUCGGCAGCUCUAUGAUGGGCUGCCGAUGCGCUUUCGAUCGACUCUGGAUGAUCUCAUCGCCCGUCUCCCCGACCUCUUUGCCGAGGACUGGCCGCUCGUACCCAAUCACAUUGACCUCUUGGAGAACAAUAUCCACGUGGACCGGAGCGCCGGGCAGAUUAUGGGUAUCUGCGACUGGAAAGAUACCGAGGUCAGUCCAUUUGGGAUGUCGCUCGGGGGCCUCGAGACCAUGCUUGGAAUCUGGAAGAUGAAAGAAGGCUGGUGCUACUAUGCCAACCAACAGGCCCUCCGUGCCCAUUUCUGGGGAGCUUUUUACAAUAGCAUAGGACAUACCUCCGAGAAGCAAAAGGAGCUCAUAAAUCUUGCGAGAUUGGUUGGCAUUUUCCUAGCGAAUGGCUUCGAGUUGGAUGAUAAUGAGAAUAAGGUACCCGCUUCUGAGGGAAAUCACGACCUGCAAUACCUCGAAGCGGUUGUUCUGAGUCAUUGGCAGUAA